UUUCCCCCAUUCUUAGCGUGUAUCGGUGACCAACACGCCCACCCACAGAUCGUGCUCUGUCCGGUCAACUGUCGCAGCCGCCGCCCGCUGGCAGCCGCCGUCCAUGGCAACGGCGGAGGAAGGGAACGGGGGAGAGCCACCAGGAUUAGGGAGGCGGAGGCGUCCAAGAUUCCGUCCAACUGACAUGGCCGGAGGCGGCGUCGUCGGCGGGAAGGAGGAUAGCGCCAGGGAGACCCAGCUCUACAUCCUCGCGCUCCCCACCGCGGCGCUCCCCGCCGUCGUCAUCUCCCGCCUGGAUGCCGCCGUCCCGCGGAAGGCGCGCACCUGCCUGCCCCGCGCCGUCCCGUCGGCCUGGUGGUCGGGCAGGAUCUCCUUCCUCCCGCCGCCGCCGUCGCCGGCUCAGGACCCGGCCAAGGAAGAGGAGGGGAGAAGGUUCCCCCGCCCCCAGCGCGUGCGGGUCGCUCCGUCGCUGGAUCUCGACGCCGCCGAGGUGGGCGGGGGCGGGGAGAAGCCGGCCAAGAGAUUGAGGAAGUGUCUGCACUGUGGGAAGAAGGAGAUGAGGCGGGGCACCCUCUGCAGCGCCUGCAGUCAGACCGGGGCGCUGCCGGAGUGCCGUCCGGCUGCGAGCACAAUCCUGGAUUCGCCGCUGGUGAACCCGAUCUGGGAACCCGAGGUGCCGGGUGCCAUCUACCUGGUCAGGAAGUCAGCGGCGGAGAGGAGGCCUCACACUCACAGGGCAGAAGCCGCACCAGCACCUGCACCACGGCCAGUUACGAGGUGCUUGCACUGCGGCUCAUCGGAGCUACCAUUGUGGAUAGAAGGGCCGACGGGGCGGAGGGAAGUCUGCGCGGCCUGCGGCAUGCGGUACAAGAAGGGGAGACUGCUGCCGGACUGUCCUCCAGCAGCGCGGCCGAUCAUCAAUUCCCCGCCGGAGAGUCGGAUCUGGGAGCCUGAGGUGCCACCUCCAUCUGUGUACCUGCCCAAAAAGAGUGCUGCUCCCUCUUGGCGCCUGCCCAAAAAGAUUUCCAAGAAGAAGAAGAAGCACAAGGGGCCGGCGCCAUGGCCGAAAGACAAGGGGAAGACAUGCCUGCACUGUGGGACGUCCGAGACUCCGCAGUGGAGGGAGGGGCCAAAGGGGAGGGGCACGCUGUGCAACGCGUGCGGCGUGCGGUACAAGCAGGGUGGGCUGCUGCCGGAGUACCGGCCUGCGGCGAGCCCCACCUUCCUGCCAUCGAAGCAUGCCAAUAUGCGCCGCAAGGUGCUCCAAUUGCAUCGGAACCGGCAAGACAUGUCACCGCCGGCUCCUGUCGACAGCUUUAUGAACCUGCCUCCUAUCCGCGACGACCGCCAAGCCAACACGGCAGGUCACGCCGUCGAGGACCCAGCAUCCGCACCGGGCUGCACCGACAAGCCAAUCGAUGUGCCAAGCUCAUUGGACUCGCUAUUGCUUGAUGGACCAUCGGCACCGCUCAUUGUAGAGAGCGACGACUUCUUGAUUAGCUAGCCUAGGGAGAAUAAUUCACCUGAGUUGAGAACACUAGUCCCUUUUGCUUACUUUCUUCUCAUAUUUGUACCAUCUUUUUUCUUUACAGUAUUCACCAUAUUUCCUAGUGCAUAUACGACAUAUUAAUGGUGGAAAUUUUAAGCUUUUA